CCAAUACCUACCCAAAAGGUGUGGUAGAGGAUGUUCUCGUCAUGGUGGAUAAUUUAAUCUUUCCCGCUGAUUUUUACGUUCUUGAAAUGGAGAACGAUAAAAAUGCAGUCCCAAUUUUACUAGGCCGCCCCUUUUUGAAAACGGCUAAGGCAAAAAUUGACGUCUUUAGUGGAGUGUUAACCAUGGAGUUCGAUGGUGAAAGAGUCGAAUUUAAUAUCUACGACUCCAUGAAAUACCCCACUGAGGAUCAUUCUCUAUUUGCGAUUGACACUUGCGACACUUGGGUCCAAGAUGUAUUUGAAAUUGAGGGCAAGGAUGAAGCAUUAAGCGCAAUAGAAAACGACAUAGAGGAUUUUACAUUGGAAUACUCUAUGUCAAAUAACAUGAAGAUUAUGGUGGCGGAGUUAAAUCAACUCCCACUUUUGCCACCGGGCUCUAAAGCCCUCCCGCUAACCAUUCCAAGCGAGAAGCCGCUACCAUCUGUUUUGCAGGCACCGGAGGUGGAAUUAAAACCACUCCCUGAAAAUAUGAAGCAUGCGUUCUUGGGUGAAAAUCGCACCCUACCGGUGAUUAUCUCAAAUGCCCUGUCCCAAGAACAAGAAGAAAGAUUGAUCGCGGUCUUGAAGGAAUAUAAAUUGGCCAUUGGAUGGUCUAUUGCCGACAUCAAAGGCAUUAGUCCAUCCACAUGCAUGCACAGGAUCUUGCUCGAAGAUGAGGCCAAAGCGGUGAGACAACCGCAACGAAGAUUGAACCCACCCAUGAUGGAGGUGGUGAAAAAGGAGGUAAUCAAAUUGCUUCAAAUGGGAAUCAUCUUCCCCAUUUCCGAUAGCAAGUGGGUGAGUCCCACUCAAAUGGUGCCCACCCGAGUUCAAAACGGGUGGCGAGUAUGCAUUGACUACCGAAGACUCAAUUCGGUGACUAGGAAAGACUUCUUUCCAUUGCCUUUUAUUGAUCAAAUGCUAGAGAGGUUAGCUGGGCACAAGUUCUAUUGUUUUCUCGAUGGUUACUCCGGGUAUUUCCAAAUACCAAUAGCCCCGGAGGACCAAGAGAAAACAACCUUCACAUGUCCAUUUGGCACUUUUGCCUACCGACGAAUGCCCUUUGGAUUAUGCAACGCACCGGGCACCUUUCAAAGGUGCAUGAUGAGCAUCUUUUCAGAAUUUGUGGAGGUAUUCAUGGAGGUCUUUAUGGAUGAUUUCACAAUCCAUGGCGACUCUUUUGACUCUUGCCUCUAUCACCUCACUCUUGUGCUAAAGGGUUGCAUUGAAUCCAACCUUGUGCUGAACUCUGAAAAAUGCCACUUCAUGGUAGAACAAGGGAUUGUUCUUGGGCAUGUGAUCUCAUCAAAGGGGAUCGAGGUGGACAAAGCAAAGAUCGAUGUGAUUCAAACGCUCCCGUACCCCACAAAUGUACGGGACAUCCGCUCUUUCCUCGGCCACGCCGGUUUCUAUAGGAGAUUCAUCAAGGAUUUCUCAAAAAUCUCAUCUCCUCUUUGCAAACUUUUACAAAAGGAGGUGGAAUUUAAUCUAAACGAUGAAUGCAAAGAGGCUUUUGACACUCUGAAAGCAAGAUUGGUGACUGCCCCGAUCAUACAGGCUCCCGACUGGUCUCUUCCUUUUGAGAUCAUGUGCGACGCAAGUGACUAUGCGGUGGGGGCUGUUUUGGGCCAGAAAGUUGGAAGAGCCUCCCAUGUCAUCUACUACGCCUCAUCAACCCUCAACGAAGCCCAAAAGAACUACUCCACCACCGAGAAGGAAAUGCUAGAGGUGGUUUUUGCUUUGGAAAAGUUUCGUUCCUACCUUCUUGGAACAAAAGUUAUUGUCUACACCGACCAUGCCGCUCUUCGAUUCCUUAUGACAAAGAAAGAAGCCAAACCAAGACUCAUUCGAUGGGUCCUUCUAUUGAGUGAAUUUGAUGUGGAAAUCAAAGACAAGAAAGGAGCGGAGAAUUUGGUGGCUGAUCAUUUAAGCCGCCUCAUCCCUCACAAAGACAUCGAAGACCUCCACACAAAUCUCAUCAAAGGAGAAUUCCCGGACGAAACUCUCUUCUCCAUCAAAAUCACACAACCAUGGUACGCAAAUAUCGUGAACUUCCUCGUUUCCGGCAAAUUUCCUCCACAACUCUCAAAAUCUCAAAAAGAAAAAUUAAGAAUGAAUUCAAGACUCUAUGUGUGGGAUGACCCAUAUUUGUGGAAGCAUUGUAAGGAUCAAAUAAUCCGAAGAUGCAUCCCUGAAUAUGAGAUAGCCCACAUCAUAGAGUUUUGUCACUCUUAUGCUUGUGGAGGACAUUUCGGCCCGAAACGAACAGCAAUGAAGAUACUUGAGAGCGGUUUUUGGUGGCCGAGUCUAUUUCGGGAUGCACACGGCUUUUGUCGAUCUUGUGACAAUUGCCAAAGAGCGGGCAACAUUUCCAGGAGGAAUGAGAUGCCACAAAACCCCAUGCUUUUCUGUGAGAUUUUCGAUGCAUGGGGUAUCGACUUCAUGGGACCAUUCCCAAAUUCCCAAGGUAACAUAUACAUCCUUCUUGCAGUAGACUACGUCUCCAAAUGGGUGGAGGCCAAAGCAACAAAAACUGAUGAUGCCAAGGUGGUGGCUUGUUUUCUCAAAUCACACAUAUUUUCAAGGUUCGGGGUCCCUCGAAUUUUAAUUAGCGAUCGAGGCACACAUUUUUGCAACAAAAUUGUGGGAUCCCUACUAAAAAAAUAUGGUGUGACUCAUAAAAUUUCUACAGCCUACCACCCUCAAACAAAUGGCCAAGCGGAGACCUCAAACAGGGAGUUGAAAUCUAUACUCCAGAAAACAGUGAACCCGAACAGGAAGGAUUGGAGUAUACGCAUUGAUGAUGCGCUAUGGGCAUACCGAACUGCUUACAAAACCCCAAUCGGUAUGUCUCCUUAUAGACUUGUGUUUGGGAAAGCAUGUCAUCUCCCUGUAGAGCUCGAACACAAGUCUUAUUGGGCGGUUAAAGAAUUCAACCUCAAUCUUGACGAGGCCGGUGUACAUAGGAAGCUUCAAUUACAAGAAUUGGAAGAACUUCGCCUGGAUUCUUAUGACAAUGCAGAAAUAUACAAAAGAAAGACGAAGGAGUGGCAUGAUAAAAUGAUCAUACGAAAAGACUUUAAACUUGAUGAAAAAGUCCUCCUAUUCCAAUCACGCCUUCGUCUAUUUCCGGGAAAGCUGAGAUCCCGUUGGACCGGACCAUACAAAGUGGUCAAAACAUAUCCACACGGGGCGGUGGAAAUUCAGGACCUGGAGACGGGAGAGGUACUGAAAGUGAACGGACAAAGAUUAAAACCCUUCUUUGAGGGUUUUCAACCCAAAAAUGUGGAAGUCGUAGACCUUUCUGAACCGGUCUACGAAUGAGGAACAUCAGAAGAUAUCGUCGAGCCACGACGUUAAAUAAAGCGCUUCUUGGGAGGCAACCCAUGCACGGUAUACUUUUUUUCUUUUUUUUUUCUUCUUUUUAUUUUAGUAGAGUGUGUGUGUAAAAUCUUUUCAAAAAAAAAAAAUAUAUAAUUUUGAGAAAAACCCGCCCGGGUAUUCCCAAACCCGGUCGGGUAUUAGCACAAAAAGAGAAUACCCGGCCAUUCCAUCCACCGGGUAAAAAUGAAAAAUAAAAAAAAUAAUAAAAACCCGACCGGGUAUGUAGACAACCCGACCGGGUUUUGGUAUUUUUUUCACCCCUGGGAGCUACUGUCAAGCAUACCCAUUCGGGUAUCAACCAAAAAACCGGCCGGGCAUCAAAAAAUUUAAAAACGGUGUGAAAUAGCCUAAUACCCGACCGGGUAUUACAAAAACCCGACCGGGUAUUCAGCAAAAAAACAUUCUGCCUUCCAGAAAAACAAAAACCCAUUCGGGUAUUACAAGAAAACCGGCCGGGUAAAAAUAAAGGAAAAGGCAAAAAAAUAGCCUAAUACCCGACCGGGUAUUACAAAAACCCGACCGGGUAUUUAGCCAAAAAGGCAUCUGCCUACGUGAAAUAGAAUACCCAUUCGGGUAUCAGGAGUACCCGGCCGGGUAUUUGUGCGAAAGAGGCUUCUUUACAGGAUUUCUUCCCCAAAUCCUCCCCCAACCUCCAUCUUCUUCUUCUCUCCCAAACAAAAAAACCCCCAAACCUCCAUAGCCAAAAGUCCCAAACUCCCAAUCCAUCCCAAUCAUCCAUCUAAAUCCCAAAUAAACUCCAUUUUCUUCUUCCCCACAUCAUCCUCUCCAUUUCUACACCCACAAAAAACACCAAACACCCCAAAAUCCCCAAAUCCGAAAAACCCUAUACCCAAAUCCUCAAGGUCCGAUUUUCCCUCAAAUUAACCCAAACCUAACCUCAUUUCUUCUUCCCCACAUCAUUCUCUACACCUCCACACCCUCAAAAACACCCAAUUCCCAAAAAAUCCACAUUUUUCACUCCACCAAGCCCCAAGUCCGAAAAUCCAACCCCAAAGUCCAAGAAAAAGUUAACUAUGGCACCUAAAAGGACUAGAGCAUCUUCCUCCAAUUCAAGUGCUCCAAUUCCACAAGUUCCGGGGUAUGAAAGCAUCGAAUUCACGUCUAGGGCUCAUCACAAGAAAUUCCUCACCCAACUCAACCGAGAGGUACAUUCCACACGAUUUCUUUGUCAUGAAACAUUACGAGCAUUGAUGUUGUAUGAUAUGAUGCUAGAAUUGUGCAACAACAUAGGACUUACUACAUUGUUCCACAUGUCCUAUAAUAUCUACACAAGAAUUAUGUAUGAGUUCCUAGCAUCGGUUGAAUUUACUGAGGAUAAAGAGGACACCUAUGAGAGCAAACUCACGUUUCGGUAUAACAACAUACCAAGAACUUUAACGAAACGUGAGUUUGCCGAGCUAUUUGGUCUACCGGUUUUAGGUGUGGAGGAAAGAAAGGUAAGAAGUGAUAAGACCAUUGUGCAUGAUUUGUGGCGAAGAAUGACAGGGGUUAGGGUGUUUAAAUCUUCACAUAUGCAUAUUACACAUGUUCAACACCCUGCCCUUCGAAUCGCACUAAAAUGGUUUGGGUAUCAUGUCUUUGGGAAGCCAAAUAAUCAUCAAACAAGGAUUAGUGAAUUGGCCGUUCUUGCUAUGGGUAUCUUCCCAGAAGCUCCUAGAUUAGAUCUUGCUUCAAUUUUGUGGGACCAUUUAAAAAAGGAAUGUGAAGCUAUGGGUGAAAUUUUCAUAGGAGGAUACAUACAUCAUAUAUGUACCAAAUUUGGCUAUUGUGCAAAUAGACAAGUUCAAGAUUGGAAUUUCCUUAAUCUUAAGUUCCUACUCACUGCACAUGACGUGAGUCACUCCCACACCAUUGGGACCACAGCAUUUUACCAUUGGACCAUUAACCCCUCACCCACACAAUUUUUUACAAUCCCCUCCGAUGAACUUCCAAACAUCUUUAACCAUCAACUCGGGGAUAGGAGACAUCUUUGCCUACCAGGAACUACCCCUGACCACUAUCUUUAUGACAUUCCUCAACUUGAGCCACCACCCAGCCCCGAACAACCACAAGAAGAGCCACAACCCGAUCCCCAACCCCCUCAAUACACCCCCUUUGAACAACAAAUGCUGGCUGGUAUACAACAACUCAAUCUUAACCAAACGGCAAUGAACACACGCAUUGACGAUCUCUACAGUGCGUACCAAAGGGUGGAAGACGAUCAAAGACGGGCCUUCGGGCCUAUGUAUGCAUAUUUUGACCAGCAAGGGUACUUUUCCCACAUGCCCACUCCAGUCCAACAUCCUACAUGGUAUGACCCCUCACAUUGGGGUAAUUUCAGAGGAUCUAGCUCCGGAGGAGGUGGACAAGCUGGCGGUGAUGGUGUUGACAGGGAUUUCGGAGGUGGUGAUGGCGGAUAUGACGGCAGCUCAGACACAAACGAUGAGGAAUACCCAUAUACAGGAGAUUUUCAUGACAGCUACUAUGGUCAAGGUGGAUUCUUUGAUGGAGGAGAUGCGGGCGGCCACUAGGGGCAGUGCCAUUAACUAGCUGGGGGGGGAGAAUUAUUCUGGAUCCUAAGGGUACACAUAAGGAGCAAAAGAAGAGAAACCCAAUGAUGGUGAAGACCUUUUAUUCAUGUGUUUUGAUCAUUGAAACAUUCUUUUAUGUUGAUUUUCAAAAACACUUGUGAAUGGUUGUAAUUGCUACAAUUGUUGGGUUGGAAACUUCAUGGACAUGAUUUGUUUUCCUCGAGACGAGUAAAGGUUCAAGUGUGGGGGUGUUUGAUAGGCACUAGUUGUCAGUGCCUAAGUAUACAUUUUUAUUAUUGUUUGUAAUGUUUAUUUACUAGUUUUGUGCAAGUUUAUAGUUGUUAGUUUGCAUUUGAUUGUAAUCGUAUUUUUAGCAUUUUAUUGUUUGUUGUAAGUUGUAGUUAGUUGAGCUAUAAGUUUAGGAUAGGUUUGGAAGCAAAAAGGAUGAAGAAACCUGAGUUUUGUGCAAAACCCGGUCGGGUAUGGAUUUUACCCGGCCGGGUAUGAAGUGACAAAGGAAACUGCUGCAAACUAGCAAAUACCCGGUCGGGUAUUCCAUAUACCCGGUCGGGUAUUCUGUGAUUUCGGACCAAAGAACGUGCAGAAGACACAAAAACAUGGGGAAAUAUUUGAUUUGGUAAAUACCCGGUCGGGUAUGUCAAAAUACCCGGCCGGGUAUCCGGCAUUAGGUGUUGAAAACACCUAUAAAUAGCCCCAUUUUCCUUCACAUUUCAUCAUCCCUUCUUCCAAUCUCUUUAGCUCAGCUUAGAAUAGCAUUUCUUUAUAUUUUUCUAGCUAUGUUUAGCCUCCAAAUGAGGAGCUAAACUUCCAUUCUUGGUUUUGCUCUUGAAGCUUGUUGAUUAUUAAAGUUGUGAGUUAUUUUCUUAACUUCUUCUCUUGAUUAUUAAUU